GCUCCGUCUGAAGGAAGAGGUCAGUGCUGUGGAGACACUUGCUUCUGUCUGAUCAACCAGAAACUACUCUGACAAACAUCAAGAUGUCUUGCUCUAACUACUGCUCUGGAAACUGCAGCAUGGGAUCCCUCAGACACCCCUGCCAUACUCCUCUUCCCUCGUCUAUGAACUUCUGCUCUACAGACAUCAGUGGUGGGAACAUGGUCUACUUGCCCAGUAGCUGUCAAGACCCCCGGACCUGGAACCUGGACAACCGCCAAGAGAACCAUGGUGAACUCGUCAACCGCCAGCCAGGCAACUGUGAGCCCAGCAACUGGGAAAACUCUUACUACCCUCCCAUUCCUUGCUAUGUGCCCAGACCCUGCCAAGGAGGCAACUUUCUUCCCACUUCUUACAUCUCUAGCUCCUGCCUUCCUGUCUCCAGUAGACCUCUGAAUUUUGUCUCUAGCAGCUGCCGACCUCAGAAUGUCUUCACAUAUGGUUAUCGCCCUGUGAGUUGUGUGCCCUGUGGUCCUCAACCACUUACAGUUGUGUCCAGCAGCCUCAGACCUGUGCGUCCGAUCUCCAGGGGAUGCCAACCUGUGACCCACAUGUAUAACAGUUGUCGUCCGUAUUGUUCUGCCUUUGGAAGCCAGUAGUGUCUUUGUUUCAGCCAAGAACCAAGCCGAAUAUCUAAGCUCCAGGAACUUUUGCUGCCUUCCUCAUAAUGACUGUCUUUUUUUGUCUUUUUAUCCUGGGCCUUAUAUGAUAUCAGGGGUUAUUCCUACUAUAUUUUUCUUUUACUUUCUGUCUUUCAUUGCCAUAAAAAUUAUUUGCUUCAAAAUGCUAUUCAAUGUCAUUCGGUAUGGGAAGAAAUUAUGUGGCUCGUGUUCCAAUAAAUGAGAUUACUUAAAAUUAA